UAUCUCCCUUUCUAAUUUCUAUUGUAACCAGACCUCUCUCUCUCUCUCUCUCUCUCUCUCUCUCUCUGUGUGUGAUGGAGAUCAACUACCCAACAUUAUUUUCUUGUUCAUCAUCUUCAACACCAACAGCUUCUUCCUUGUCACUGAACAUGGCAGAUCAUUCUCAUGCUUACAAUAUUAAUGAAUUCCAAGGUUGCAAGUCAAAUGGGUUCUUGGGACUGAUGUCGGAGAUGGAUGUUCCAGUUUCGAACAUGAAUGUUCCUCAUGGUAGAAGCUUUGUGGGGUCUGAAACUGAUGCGAAGUUAGGGAAGAAAAAGGGAGAGAAGAAGAUAAGGAAACCAAGAUAUGCCUUUCAAACAAGGAGCCAGGUCGACAUACUAGAUGACGGGUACAGGUGGAGGAAAUAUGGACAAAAAGCAGUGAAGAACAACAAAUUCCCGAGAAGCUACUACCGGUGUACACAUCAAGGUUGCAUCGUCAAAAAGCAAGUUCAGAGACUAACUAAAGAUGAAGGGAUCGUCCUGACAACUUACGAAGGGAUGCAUUCACAUCCGAUAGAGAAGUCUACUGAUAACUUUGAGCACAUCUUGACCCAGAUGCAAAUCUUUUCCUCCUAUUAAUUAUAUAAUUAAUUAAGGACUCAAAAACACUGCAGAGACGAUGAUGAAUCUCUUGUAAAUUCUGUACUUUUAAAUAAAGCCAUCGGGGAAUACCAUUGGAUCCUUUUUGUACUGUAGCUGCAGACGCCAGAUAUCAUAUAAAUCCACUUGAUCGAAGCAAAGGCGUUGAUGAUGUUAAGGACGAUAGGUAUUGGCAUCAAUAUGAGGCCAAAUUAGUUUGUUAGCAACUUAGCUAGUGCCUUAAUCACUUUUGUGAAAAAAACCUUUCCAUCUUCUCUUUCCAAUAUCAUGUGCUUGGUUUUUAUUUAUAUCACUGUACCUUCUCGGCCAUAUUUCAAUCAAAUUUCUGCAACAGUCAAGAACUGUACGUUUUACCAUGUUUCUUGAUACGGACAAAUAAAGGAGCACUAUUCUCUCUCU